UGUCAGCACCUCCGUGCUGCCCUCAUCAGGGUAAUACAAAAGGUAGUAGCCUCUUGCACUCUGCCGAAGGUCAUAAUGAGCCUGCUUCUGUCCACGCCGAGACAAGAUGGCCUUGCUAGCUGCAGAUGCGGAGGCGCGAUGGCCAACGUCCCCAACGCCGGCGCCGGCGUGGUUCACCCUCCUGUUGGCUCUCGGCCUCCUUGUCUUGGUCCGGUCCGCGGCCACCUUCCUCGCAUGGCUCCACCGCGCGUUCCUGCGGCCGGGCCGAGACCUGGCCAGGCGGUACGGGACGUGGGCGGUGGUGACGGGCGCCACGGACGGCAUCGGCCGCGCGGUGGCGCUGGAUCUCGCGCGCCGGGGUCUCCACCUCGUCCUCGUGGGGCGGAGCCCCGACAAGCUGGCGCGGGUCGGGAAGGAGGUCCUGGCCGCCGCGCCGUCGUGCAAGGUGCGGAGCGUGGCGUUCGACCUCGCCUCGACGGGGGACGACGCGCGGCACGGGGUGGCGCGGGUGGCGGCCGCCGUGGAGGGGCGGGACGUAGGGGUCCUCGUCAACAACGCCGGCGCGACGUACCCGUGUGCGGCCUACUUCCACGAGGUGGGGGAUCCCGUGUGGGAGGCCGUGGUGCGGGUGAACGUGGAAGCGGCGACGCGGAUCACGCGCGCCGUCGUGCCGCUGAUGGCGGCGAGGGGAAGGGGCGCCGUCGUCAACGUGGGGUCGGGCUCCUCCGUCGUGGUGCCGGCGUUCCCGCUCUAUGCUGUCUACGCGGCGAGCAAAGCGUAUGUUGAUCAAUUUUCUCGAAGCUUAAGUGUUGAGUACAAACAAUAUGGAGUAGACGUGCAAUGCCAGAUCCCUCUGUAUGUCGCUACUAAGAUGUCCCCUGUCAAGGGUGAUUCCCCAUUCAUACCAUCACCUGAGGAGUACGCCAAGGCUGCUCUUCGUUGCAUUGGCUACGAGGCAAGGUGCGUCCCGUAUUGGCGCCACUCGGUCCAGUGGUUCUUGGCAUCGUUAGUUCCAGAUGCUGCUCUCAACCAGUGGCGCCUCCAAAUUGGCAUCCGGAAAAGAAACGAGACGAAUAAGGCUCUGGCUGGAGUGAAGAAAGUCCUCGGCUAAACUGUUGUACAGAUAGUAACGGAGAAAGGGUUUUUAAAUCUGUGCUCUAUUUGGACUUCUGAAAAGCAACCCGCACUGUGUCUCGAUUGGAGAAUAACUGGAAAUAAUCGGUUGUGUAUAACUCGUGAUAUUUUCUUAAAUGUAAAUUGGUGCUAUUUUCAUGAACUGGUGUUUAGAUCAUUGAUCUAUAUGGUAGUCUUUGUAUUCAAAACCAGCUUGCCCUUAAAUAUUUAUACAGUACAACAAUAUAUA